CUUCAAAUUAAAACUUACGGAGAAUUACAGCUUCCUUUCUUCCUCCACCAAUGGCUUCUUCAACCGCCGCCCCUUUCAGAAUUAUCCCUCUUGCAAAGAAAUCAGCCAGUUCAACAUCACCCUGUAUUUCUUCAUCAAAAUGUUCAUUUUCAGUACCUUCCAAGCUCACUCACCAACCCCUCAAAACUCAAGCCCUCAAUCUCCGUAACAUUACAAGCUAUAACAAUUUCUCAGUAUCUAAGAGGCCGUUUACUUGCAGAAGCCAGGCUGAGCAUGAUCAUGAUCACAGACCCUCCGAAGUUCAAGAAUUGUGUGCAUAUGAAAUCAACGAGCUUGAUCGUGGCAGCCCAAAAUAUCUUCGUUUAAGCAAGAAAUUCUGGGUCAAUUCCCUUGGUGAUCUUGUCCCCUUUACCAACAAAUUAUAUUCUGGAGAUUUGAAAAAACGGCUGGGAAUAACGGCUGGUAUAUGCAUAUUGAUCCAACACAAACCGGAGAAGAAAGGGGACAGAUACGAAGCUAUAUACAGUUUUCCCUUCGGCGACUACGGUCACAUGACGGUGCAGGGAGCGUAUUUGACCUACGAGGACACGUAUCUCGCCGUGACCGGCGGCUCGGGGAUCUUUGAGGGAGUGUAUGGGCAAGUUAAACUACACCAGAUUGUGUUUCCUUUCAAGAUUUUUUAUACUUUCUAUUUGAAGGGGAUUAAGGAGUUGCCGGAAGAGCUUCUGGGGACACCAGUGGAACCCCACCCUAAAGUUGAGGCCAGCCCGGCUGCGAAGGCUUGUGCUCCUGGUGCAACCGUUGCUAAUUUCAGUAAUUAAGAUUUUGGGUAAUGUUUGGAAUUACAAUAAUAUUAUCUAUGCAUAUUUUUUAUACAUAA